AUGGCGAGCUUUUCCCAUGGAUGGAUGAAUCGUGAACAAUAUAGAGACGAGGAUAAGAUCGCUACUGCAGUGAGAGAAGGGAAGGAUCUCUGGGGGAGAGAACAGGAUGAAUUUGUCAGAAUUGAGAGGAAUGAGGAUGUACCUCCCCUGGUGCUGGAGGAACCGAAGCGAUCCGACUACAUGAUCAGUCUAGAUGGACCGUCAGCAGGAUUUGAAGAUUACAAAUGGGAAGGACAAUAA